AAUUAACCAAAGUAAAUUAUCUAAACACUACCGGUUAAAACAGUUACUGCAGUAACUACACCGUUUGAACAUCCCUUGUGGGAAAGCCUGAGUGGGGCCCCGCCGGCCAACGGUGGCAUCACUGCCGGCAUGCAACCGAAGCGAAAACCCUAGUGCGCCGCUGAAAACUUUUCCUCUCUGCUCCUAACUUUUCGGAGCGAAAAAACCCUACUCCUUGUUUAGAUGUUAUAUAGAGUGAAUUUCAAAUACAUAUCUAGUGUAUUAUUUUUGAAUUUUAAAUACAUAUAAAUGGUUAGUGAUCUAAAAUUGCUCAUAGCAUCAUAGAUAAUUGAUUUUAAAAUUUUAAAAGUUAAGCUACGGAAGAAAAAGUAGAUCGAGUGCUAAAAUAUACUUUUCAUAAAAUUGUAAAGUUUCAUAAAAAAACAGGGAAAAAUGGAAUAGUCAAAUGAAUUUCAGAUUUAUAAUUUAAAUUAAAGCAAACAUUUCAAACUCAAAUAUCUAAAUACACUCGAACUGUAACUAAAAAAAAAAAAAAAACCUACAAGUAAUCCAUCAACACAAGAUUAAAACCGGCAGCCAGAUUCAUUCCCGAGAAGAAAGUAAAGCAAUGAAACAAACAGACAACAAAACCCAUGAAGGAAGCCAAAGAGAGAGCAUUUCCCGGCAACUUGCUCUUGGAUACAAGCUAGGUUAGAUCGGCCGCCAGAUUCAUUUUCCAGAAGAAAGUAAAGUAAUGAAACAAACAAACAAACUAACAAACAGAUAGACAGCAAAACAAGGGAGGAAGCCAAAGACGGUAUCCCCCGGCUACUGCCUGCUGUAUGGCUAUAUAUGGAUCAUCGUCGUGAAUAAAUAAAGAGGGAUUAUAACAAAACCAUGGACUCACCAUUGUCAGCAAUGAAGAAGCUGGCCAUUAUUGCCUCCAUUUUCUACACAUCAUCAGUUUUCCCCAUGAUGAUGACGACGACCCUAAAUAUUAUUCAUAGUACUGAAGCCAACAAUAAUGAAGUAGUAGUGUUCAGAUUCAACUGCCUCUGCAACCCGGACUCGUUCUGGGCGAAGGAUCUCCGGGCUCGUUGCUUGGAUGAUCUGCUAAGCAACCUAUCUGGGUCCGCAGACGACGCUCUCGUCGGCGGCGACUUCAACCUUACCCUGCCUUGCUUUGGGUGGCCCAUGUACGGUCACAGGUGGGUGGAUAUGGCGAAACCCGCAGCUGCGGAUUGUCUUCAGCAAGCUAGAGAUGCUAUCCAGCAGUGUUGCAAGCACCGCAAAGGUGCUGACGUCUCUACCGGCGAUACUUGUCGGAUGAGGUUUGAGCUUUAUCCCUUCUGGCACGUAUAAUAAGCAGAGUUGCCAAUUUAAUAGAGAUGACAAUUUUGUACUCUCUCGAUGUUAAUCGAGAUGACAAUAACCAUUUACAAUGCUAUAUAGUAUUGGUGCUAUAGGUUUUUGUCUUUAUGGUACAGCUUGAAAUUGUAUCUUUACGUUAUGGUACAACUUCAUAUUGUACCUAUACUUUUUGUACAAAUUCUUUCAUGGUACAACUUGAACUUGUACCUUUAUGUGAUGGUACAACUUCAAGUUGUAAAGUUGUACCAUAACAUAAUGAUACAAAUUUCUUUAUGGUACAACCUAAACUUAUACAUUUAAUGUUAUGGUACAACUUCAAGUUUACAUUAAAGCACCAAUACUAUAUAGUAUAGUAGAAGUGCUCGGACCUUUUGUACUCUCUCGAUGUUAAUAGAGAUGACAAUUUCGAUCUAACCGAUUUAAUUACCCGAUUUGUUUGAUAAUUCUCAUGUUGAUUCAUCUGACCUAUUUUUGGCAAAUCAGAUAUAGCGUUACUCAAAUUAUUUAGGAUUUUAGUUUAAUUACCUCAUCUGUACGUGGAAUCUUCAUCGAGUAAAACACUUGUGUUACGUCUAAACUCUCAGUUUCUCUACCUACUGUAUAUUGUUUAUAUAUAUGGUGCCUUUUACGGUACCCCGGUUGAAAUCCAGCGUUUUCUUACUCAAGGUAUACGGUUCCCUAGAUUUCACCCUGGGUACCGUAGAACUCUUCAUAUUUAUUCAUAUGGCAAAGGCUAGCGUAUGCUAUACGGGAUGGGAUUAGGUGCUAACCCCUAGGGGUUAGCACCGUGAUAACUAGCAAAAAUCACUACGGAUUAUUAUAAAAUCAAUACAACAUCUAAACUAAAUCACUACUAAUUCAAACUAGUAGUAGUUUUUCCCUUGGUUAGGACGGUGCUAACUAUUGUACAAUUAGCACCGUAGCCGUUCCCUACGCUAUACGCCUGUGUUCACACUUAUUAAUUAAAUAAUAAUUUAAAUUAAAUAAUUUAUAAAUAUAUCAAUUAUAAAUUACACCUACAAUCAUUGAUUACCUAUUUCGUACACUUUAGUCCCAUAUUAAUUUUUACCCAUCAUUUAAGUAUUCAGUAUAUAAAAUUGAAUGCCUUAUUUCUCAGUUACCACAUGUAUCCAAUGUUAUUGGAGUUUUAUCAUCGGUUUCCCAUCUAUCCGGAGAGAGCCAAAUUAAUUUAUUGAGAAUUCCGAACACCGGCAAAAUAGAUCCUGUAAUACUGGCUGGAGGGUUUGGGAAUAGCUCCGAGAGGUUGAUUUUCAUGGUCACGGCCGAAAAUCUAGAAAAGAUUUACUUUUAAGAACUUGUAUCGAGCGAAGUUGGACUAUUUCUCCUAAAAAUUCAGAAUUUUAAUGGGUCGUUAAAUGGAAGAGAUCGAGAAGGAGAACCAGUGCUAACAUAGCCUCUGGUAAGAUUUAAUCAAACAUGCCCUGCAUUUUAUUUUGGGUAAAUGCCACAUUUGGUCACUGAGAUUACUAAAUCGUCUUAUAUCUAGGACUGAAAAUUGCCCUGAUCCAUCUGUCUCAUCCCUGUCCAUGUCUGACCCGUUCCUGAAAGGUCAAGAUGUAUAACUGACCCGUCCCGUCCCUGUCUCCUUCUUGACUCUGUAUGACCCUCAAAGGAUGGAACAGGCCGGGACGGGUCGGGUCAGUGGGUCGACCCUAAUCAACACACUACUUUGUUUACAAAUUAUGAUUUCGUAGCCAAAAUUAUUUUUUCUUACAAUUUAGUACCUAAAAUUUAUUUUUUUUACAAAUAAGUCCUAAAAAUUUUGAUGGUAAAAUUACAAAAUGUUACACAAAUUUUUUUAUUUUUGCAAUUUAGUACCUAAACUUUUUAAACUUUUACAAAGAGGUCCAAUGUAGUAUUAGAUAUUUGUAGUUGCUAAGGGUCACAGGGUCAAAAAGUGACCCAUCCCUAAGUUGACCCGACCCGUCCCUACCCUUAUAGGGUCAAAAGCUGACCAGUCCCUAAACUGACUCUAUAGACAAACUGACCCGUCCUGACCCUUAGGGACGGGACGGGUCGGGACGAGUCAGUGGGUUUUUAGGGUCACACUUACACCCCUAGUUAUAUCUAGUCACUAGAAAAAAAUAAUAUCAAUUUUGGUCACUCGAAUUACUAAAACAGGUCACAUUUACUAAAAUUGAUAUUAUUUUUUUGUAGUGACUAAACAUAAUACGAUUUAGUAAUCUCAGUGACCAAAUGUGGCAUUUACCCAUUUUACUUUGGAUGAAAACUUACUACAGAAACCAUCAUGUUUACAGGUCCACCAGGUAACAAUAUAUAUAUAUAUGGGUUACACUCGCAUGCUCCUGACACAUAGCAUGCGCCAAAUUAUCUACACCGUUGAUCUAAUCUAACACACAUGAUUAUUUCUAAUGAAAUUGAUUAUUAAUUGUCAAUAAUAAUUACUUACUACAUCCAUUAAAAAGUUUUGCGUAGAAUGUAGUCCUCUGACAAUUUUUCUUAUUACUUUUUGUUUUAAACUACCUUGUUUCUUCCGUAUAUAGAUUUACCUACCUAUAUUUUGUAUGAUUGAUUGUUUUAUUAAUCUAAAUUUGUUAUGUAUUUCUUUCUCAGCCAGUUUCCGAUAGAUAAUCUUUCUCCAAAGGACAAUCACUUAUGGAGGUCUGGUGUCCCUUUUUUUUUCCCUUCCCGAAGCAAUUUGUGGCCAUUUGAACAGCCAGGUCAUCGUCAUUUUAAUGAAACCUAAAUCAUUCUCACAGAUACCAUCAUCAAAACCCUCUUACCGUGGCCCCAUCACCGAUAAGUUCAUUUCCUGUGUCUUCCAUCUUUCCCUUAUGGGCAAGAACUUGAUGAUUUCUGUUCUUUUUCAUGCUCGUGGCUGAAUGGAGUGACUGAAAAUUGCCGAAUUGAGAGAUCGAGCAAGAGUUAAUCCAGGCGCCGAGGCCCCAGGGCCCGGUAGUUGCCGAUGCAUGUGGUUUUGAGACUGAGGUACGCUGGCUUGAUGGCGACCCGCAAGCUAUGGGGCUCCUCGUCGAUGACGAAUGCAUCGCAAUCGAUUUUGCCAAAAAUUAUAAACUCUUUCCAAUUCCUUAUCCCAUGAACGAGAUCUCGAUUAGACAAAUUUCCCUCGGUCCUUCAACCUCGCUCAGAAAACAAAACAACCAUAUCGACUUUUUCACUCCGGAUACGGCAGUGGAUCGUCGUCAAUUAAGUUGAUCAACGAUGGGCUGACAGGUUGGGAAGGGUUCUGAUGAUGGUGAAAUUGGGGGGAAAUAUUUACGGCUUGAUGAUGAUUAGAAUUGAAAAGGAUUUUCUGGUUUGCUGAUGAUGAUGUUGUUAAAAUGUGAAAGAGAGAAACAAAGGAUUAAAUGGGUUGGAUGUUCAUACAACUUGUCGCCUUCGGCACCUUUUUAUCUGGAAUUCUAUAAUGAAAGAGAAGCUAAAGAAAACAAACUGGCGUUUGGUAAUGGAAUAAAUUUUGAUGGCUGAUGUUUUUAUUUAAUUAUACAAAUUUUGGGCUUAAAAGUAUCACUAAAUGAAAUUACGUAUUGCAAUAUCAAAUAUUUAAGGGGGCAAGUAGUAAUUAUUAUUAUUUUUAUUAUUAUUAUUAUUAUUUAUAAUGACCGUAAGAUUAGAUCAAUGGUGUAAAGGCCUGGUGCAUUGUAUGUGUCAUGAGCAUACGAGUCGUAUCCAUAUAUAUAUAUAUAGCGAGUUCUAUGGUACCCUGGGUGAAAUCCGGGGUACCGCAUACCUUGAGUAUGAAAACACUAUCUAGACCUUGAAUUGACCAAUCUUUCGGACAUGAUACUAUACUAUAACACUUAAAGAUCAAAAUCUAGGUGUUAACUCUCCCAAUCUUAUACUCCAAGAUCAAUUUAAUUAGAAAUAAUAAUCGACGGUUAUGAUUCAUUCAAAUAUAGGCACAAAAAGGAAUGCACCAUCUUAGGGUUUAUAGAUUAUGAUUUAGAUAAUUAUGACCUAGGGUGCACUCAUUAAGGGUUAGGGUAUAAUAUCAGACACAAAAAUCCUGGUAAUUCGAGGUCUAGAUAGAGUUUACAUACUCGAGGUAUGCGGUAUCCCGGAUUUCACCCGGGGUACCAUAGAAGCCACCAUAUAUAUAUAUAUAUAUACGGUAAUUAAGUUGGACUAUCUUAAAUUUUGUUGGGGAUUUCAAAUGUCAUUUUUAGAAGAUCCUCUAUAGUUAUAAUAGAGAGGAGUUACAACCAAUAAAGUGACAACGAAUUAAUAAGAGAGAAGAGAAACUAAAAAACUGCAAAACUCUUCAUUUCUGCAGCAUGGCAGCGAUUCAGAAGAGCAUAACGAGAUAACAAACCGUUGGAUCUUUCUGAAAUGUAAUGAGAAUAUUUUAGGCUCAUUGUCCUUCAAACUGCCCGCACAGAUCGUCGAUAUAAUCCCUGGUUGGUCUGUAAUUGCUUCUGGACAGAGAGAGUAUAUAACUAUUUUCUGUACUUCCGAAACAUCUCUUCUUCUUUAUUAUCCUUCGUGUUGAGUUGUGCUUGGGUUGGAUGCAAGUUUGGACUUGGAAGUUGAACAAAUCGAUAUGAAGACGGCGUUUCUUCAUGGUGACUUAGAGAAAGAAAUAUACAUGGAUCAACCAGAAUGGUUCGAGGUUAAAGGCAAAGAAAAUCUCGUAUGCACAUUGAGAAAGAGCCUAUACGGGUUGAAGCAAGCACCGAGGCAAUGGUACAAGAAAUUUGACUCAUUCAUUGUCAACCACGAGUACGCAAUAACUACCUUAUAUCAUUGUGUGUUUGUGAAAUACUUCGCUGAAAAUGAUUUCAUUAUUCUCCUACUUUACGUGAUUGACAUGUUGAUCGUGGGUCGAAAUGUUGGAGAGAUUGAUCGCUUGAAAAAAAAAGAGUAAAUCCUUUACCAUGAAGGACCUACGACCGGCGAAGAAAAUUCUGGGGAUGGAAAUUUCUAGGGAUUAGAGGAAUGGAAAGAUUUGAUUGUCUCAAGAAAGGUAUAUUGGAAAAGUUCUUGAGCGGUUCAACAUGAGCAAGUCUAAGGUGAUGAGUACUCCAUUUGCUAGACAUUUCACAUUGAGUUCGAAGGAUUGUCCUAAAAGUGAGGAAGAGAAAGAAGCAAUGAAGAAGGUUUCGUAUGCGUCAACUAUGGGAAGAUUGAUGUGCGCCAUAGUUUGCACAAGGCUGAAAAUUGCUCAUGUCGUAAAGGUGGUUAGUCGAUUUAUUUCCAAUCCAGGGAAAGAACAUUGGUAAGUAGUGAAGUGGAUUCUUUGUUACUUGAGAGGUACUUCUAAAGUAUGCUUUGGCACAGGAAAAACCAUACUUGAUGGAUAUGCAGAUGCUAACAUGGCGGGUGAUGUGGAUUCUAGAAAGUCGACCUUUGGAUACAUGAUGGCUUUUGUAGGAGCGGCAGUUUCAUGGCAAUUUAAAAUUCAAAACUGCGUUGCAUUAUCAACAAUGGAAGCCGAGUACAUAGUUGUGAUAGAUGCUUGUAAAGAGAUGCUAUGGUUGAAGAAGUUUCUUCAAGAGGUGGGCAUUAAACAAGAGAGUUAUGUGCUAUAUUGUGAUAGUCAAAGUGCAAUCCAUCUUUGCAAGAAUUCUACUUUCCACUAAAAGUCAAAUCUCUACCACAUGAGAAACUUUUUUUCGACGAGAUGAGGCAGGUUUGGUGCUACCCCUGUAUGAGCUGGAGGAGGAGAUUUGUUGGGUUGGUCCAACUUCUUAUGGUGGUUGGAUUAACCGGUUUAUAGAAGUUACAGUAAUUAAGUUAGGUUAUCUUGACUUUCGUUGGAGGAGUUCAAAUGUCAUUUUUAGAAGAUCCUCUAUUGUUAUAAUGGAGAGGGGUUACAACCAUUAAAGUGACAAAGAAUUAAGAAGAGCAAAGAGAAACUAACAGGUUGCAAGACUCUUCGUUUCUGCAGCAGGGCAACCUGUUCAAGAGAGCAUAACGGGAGAACAAACUGUUGGAUCGUCCUGAAAUUUAAUGAGCAUAUUCAAAGCUCAUUUUCCUUCAAUCUGACCACACGGAACGUUGGUAUAAUCCCUGGUUGGUCUGUAAUUGCUUCAGGACAAAGAGAGUACGAAAUUAUUUUCUGUACUUCUGGAACAUCUCUUCUUCUUUGUUAUCCCCUGUGUUAGUGAGAGAUAUUUGGUUGAUAGGCGAUCCAAGAAAGUUGUUCUUGAGGUAGUUUGUAAUCCUUAGCUAGACUAUAGAGGACUUGUAAUCCCACCAAAGUAUACUGGAGUUGUGGGUGGACAAAUGUCUCGUUGUUUUUCCCGAUUUGUGUUUUCCACGUAAAAAUUGUGUGUCUUGUGCAUUUCAUUUGUGCUUGGUCUGUUUUCUUCCUUCGAAUAGGAGUGCUGGUUUUAAAGGAAGAAAUUCAAGGGAAAAAAUAUCUAAAGGGAGAGAGUGACGACAGGAGGUCUCCGUCUCAUCUUCCGACAAUGAGUCCCUCUCCCAACAGAUAUGAAUACUUCAAUCAACUUUGAUUUGAAACCCUAGGGUCAUUUAAAGCCUAGUCCCUCGCCAUAAAUUAGCGCCGGUCGCCACCGUGAGAUUGAACGCCAGCUUGUUUGCUUGAAGCAAAUUGCUUCCGCGAUCGUGAUUGAUUUUUUUUUUUAUGAAAGCCGUGAUUGAUUUGUUUAUGUCCUAUAAUUUUUAGAUUAAUAAUUUACAUGAUUGAUUCAAGCACGAAAAAAAUCAUUUGGGACUAAAUAGUAUUGAAAAAUAAAUUAAUAGGUGUGACUGUAAUUAUAAUUAUUAUUAACUAUAAAUGAUUAAUAUGUGUGAACACAUGCAUAUAGUGUACGCCUGGCAUACGCUAGUUUGAACCACACACAUAUAUAUACUAGCACAGAAGUCCACGCUGCGCCGCGAGAACUGAUACGAAAAACAAAUCAAUGAGGAUUUUUAAUUAAUUUGUGGAAGUGUUCACAAAAAUAAAUAAUUGUACCAAUAAAAAUUUGUUUUAGAAAGGGAUAAAUUUAAUAUUUCAUGAGUACCUGACUACAUAAAAACUUGUUCUAUCAGCAAUGAUAGUGACGUGAUGCACCAAAAUGGAAAAGAAAAAUCUUCAGAACCUGUGGAGAAAGGAAUGCUAAAACUCGACAUUCUACCACCGGUAGUUGCCAACAUCACAACAUUUACAAAGAGAAGGGAUUGUAUGUAAACUGGUUGUGACAAUGAUAACCAUGUUUUCUCAGGGAUUAAAAUGUAUGUCCUAUAUUGUAGACACACAUACUAACCUUGUAAAGUACAUUCCAAAGUUUCCAAAUCAGACUCCUUAAAUAAGGAAUUGCUUAGUCCCUAUUAAUCCACACCCAACUCAAUCCCGCCGAUUGAAAAAGUAGGUAAAACUCGCUCUCGAGUCAAAACUCAUCAAUACCAUGUUCAAUGUGCUUUGACCAGGUCGAUUGUUUUAUUUUUAGGGUGCGGGUUUGAUGGAAAGUAGGCUGAGUUAUUUUAACAAAAUGCACACGCGCCCAUACCUACCAAUUACAAAAAUAGGUCAAAGUCGCUCCCGCGCAAAACUUGUCAACACCGGGUUCAACUCGUUUAGAUAGAAUUAAAUGAAGUAUGAUACCAGUCCAUAAAGUGACAUUAUUUUUUGUUGCAGGUUGGAUGGAAAGAGGAUUUUAAACAAAAAUCAACAACCGACUCAACCGCCAAUUACAAAAGCGGGUAAAAUUAGCUUCUGACCCAUAACUCAUCAAAAACAUAUUCAAACCGCGUUGAUUGGAUCGAUUGUUUUGUUUUUUUAGAUGCAAAUCAAUGGAAAGUGAGGACGAUUUUCUAACAAAAUACACUCCUGACC